AUGGACCUUCCGACUGUCCAUGGACCUUCCGACUGUCCAUGGACCUUCCGACUGUCCAUGGACCUUCCGACUAUCCAUGGACCUUCCGACUAUCCAUGGACCUUCCGACUGUCCAUGGACCUUCCGACUGUCCAUGGACCUUCCGACUGUCCAUGGACCUUACGACUAUACUCUAGGAAUUAUCAAAACUUUAUUCAUCGUAUCAAUUUUAUGCAAAUAUGUGGCUUGCUGACCAAAUUUACAGAAGGUAAGAAGACUGAAGUGAGUAUGUGA